AUGGCGGCAACUAAACCAGCCCAUACAUAGCCUACAUGUGGGAUGCGACACAGCUGACACGCCUAAAUACGAGCGUGUACUCUAAUAAUAAUAUAGGGAGCAGCAUUCCUAUAUACUUUCCAUCUGCUCCUGCUCCUCCUCCUUGUCAUUCUCCCCAUUGUGAUUUUGAAGCAAUUCAAAUGCAGAUCUGAUUAACGCAAGGUGACAUUGAGGAUGGUGAGCGGCACACUUUUCCACAGCAGAAGGAACUCUUGGCCUGCAGAUGAAUUUGUUCAUAAACCCACUUUGCAGCUGGGCGAUCAUGAUGACAUAAAUUUCACAUGAGUUAUCGGCAUGACUCAAUAUAACUAACUAAAGGGAUGUGUAUCACUGGACUCUUACCAAAGGAAGAUUUCUUGAAUAUAGGGCUGGCCAAAGAUUUUGUGCUCCAAAAGAGGGAUAGCGAAAUUGGUUUGCAACUUAAAAGGUGUUCGACAAUCAGAGGGCUUAUUGGAGGAAGAUGUGGAUGUCCUCAGCACAAUUUGUGAAAGAAUAUUGCUGGAUUCUGACCAUGGUGCUCCACCACAACAAGCCUGGCGCCGCAGGCUCAAUGAGCAUGCAAAUAUCUUGAAGGAGUUCAGCGUAACAUUUAUGGAGGCACUAAAGAUGGUUCGACUAGGUCUUCGCCUUUGGACAUAUGUUAAAGAGGAACGCUCUCACGGACGGAAAGCACCAAUUGAUCCAUUUACACGAGAACGCUGUAAACCAUCAGCAUCACAGGGUGUACCCCUAGGUGGGAUGGGAAGUGGUAGUAUAUGCAGAGGUUUCAGAGGAGAGUUUAGGCAUUGGCAAAUGAUGCCUGGGAUGUGCGAAGCACCUCCCGUGGCGGUAAAUCAGUUUUCGAUUUUUGUUUCUAGAGAUGGAGGAAGGAAAGAAUAUGCAUCUGUAUUGGCUCCUGGAUGUCCUGAAGAUCUUGGUAAAGGAGAUGAUGGGAUUUCUACAUGGGAUUGGGGUUUAGAUGGUCAAUAUUCAACAUAUCAUGCACUUUUUCCAAGAGCUUGGACAAUAUAUGAUGGUGAGCCAGACCCCGAGCUGAAGAUUUCAUGCCGACAGAUCUCACCCUUCAUUCCACACAAUUAUCGAGAAAGUAGUUUACCUACGUGUGCUUUUGUUUAUACUCUAGUGAACACAGGCAAAGAAGCAGCGAAUGUGAGCUUGCUUUUUACGUGGGCUAAUUCGAUUGGUGGAGCUUCUCAUCUAUCAGGAGGUCACGUCAAUCAGCCUUUCAUAAGCAUUGAUGGAGCACGUGGCAUGCUUCUACAUCACAAAACUGCAAAAGGUUAUCCUCCUGUUACUUUUGCAAUUGCUUCUCGUCAAACAGAGAAUGUAGAUGUUUCUGUACUGCCAUGCUUUGGGUUGUCUGGAAAAAGUUAUACCUCUGCCAAGGAUAUGUGGCUGACAAUGAAAAAGCAACAACAUUUUGAUGACGAGAAUUGGAAUGCGGGCUGUAGUUUUGCCUCCUUACCUGGAGAAGCUGUCUGUGCUGCAGUUGCUGCCUCAGCAAUGGUUGAACCUCAUGGAACAUGUUCGAUAGUUUUUGCUUUAGCGUGGGCCUCACCUAAAGUAAAAUUUGUUAAAGGAAGUACUUAUUUAAGGAGAUACACACAAUUCUAUGGCACCUCAGAAGAGUCAGCUGUAAAUUUAGUGCAUGAUGCUUUGAUGGAUUAUCGCAGGUGGGAGACAGAAAUUGAGGAUUGGCAACGUCCUAUACUUAAGAAUGAAAGACUCCCUGAGUGGUACAAGUUUACGCUGUUCAAUGAACUUUACUUCUUAGUUGCUGGAGGGACAAUUUGGACAGAUGGUGGACCACCAGUGGAACAGGACAAGACCAACAAAGAAGAGUCUCGAAAAAAGUCACGGAAGAAAGAAAAUAAAACAGAAACGAGGGUCACAGUUUCUGCACAAAAUGGUGAUUUGAAUCAUGUCACAGAAGUUCAGAGAUUGGAUGCCUCUAAUGUUGUUGCAGAUAUAGAAUCAAACUUGCUACAAGAUCAGAAUCAUGAAAAUAAAGUGACAACAACAGAAGCAAAUUCUGGGUUAACUGAAGAGAAUGUGGGUCAAUUUCUGUACUUAGAGGGUGUGGAGUAUAUGAUGUGGUGUACAUAUGAUGUACAUUUUUAUGCAUCUUUUGCAUUGCUGGAUCUCUUUCCAAAGAUUGAGCUUAAUAUACAGCGUGAGUUUGCAAAGGCUGUUUUGAUUGAAGACAAUACAAAAACUAAAUUUCUAGCUGAAGGUAAUUGGGGAAUUAGAAAGGUAAAAGGUGCUGUACCUCACGAUUUGGGAUUACAUGAUCCUUGGCUUGAAAUAAAUGCAUACAAUAUACAUGAUACAAGCCAGUGGAAGGAUCUGAACUCAAAGUUUGUGCUUCAGGUGUACAGGGAUCUGGUUGCAACUAAUGACUUGUCAUUUGGCAAAGAUGUCUGGCCUGCUGUCUGUGCUGCUAUGGAAUACAUGCAGAAGUUUGAUCGGGAUGGUGAUGGCCUCAUUGAGAAUGAUGGAUUUCCUGACCAGACAUACGAUACUUGGACAGUACAUGGUGUUAGUGCAUAUUGUGGAGGUCUAUGGAUUUCUGCACUUCAAGCUGCUGCAGCAAUGGCAGAUAAAUUGGGCCACAAAGAGUCUGCAGAAAAAUAUAGGAUUGAAUUUCAAAAGGCUAAGGUAGCAUACGAGAAGAAACUUUGGAAUGGCUCAUAUUUUAAUUAUGACAGUGGGACCAGUAGCAACAGCAACUCAAUUCAGGCAGAUCAGUUGGCCGGACAAUGGUAUUCAUGGGCAUCAGGCCUACCUGCAAUUUUUGACAAUUCGAAAAUACGAAGUUCUCUGCAGAAAAUAUAUGAUUUCAAUGUUAUGAAAAUUGGAGGAGGACGGAUGGGUGCUGUGAAUGGCAUGCAUCCAAAUGGAAAAGUGGAUGAAACAUGCAUGCAAUCUCGAGAGAUUUGGACAGGUGUAACAUAUGGUGUUGCAGCAGCUAUGCUUCAUGCAGGAAUGGAACAUCAGGCAUUCAAUACUGCUGAGGGAAUUUUCUAUACAGGCUGGUCAGAAGAUGGUUUUGGGUACUGGUUUCAAACACCAGAAGGUUGGACAGUCGAUGGUCACUACCGAUCCCUGAUUUACAUGCGGCCUCUUGCAAUAUGGGCAAUGCAAUGGGCUUUAUAUCCACCCAAGGCCAUUUUAGAGGCUCCCAAGAUAAAUGUAAUGGAAAGAGAGCACAUGUCACCUUUUCAAACCGGAUUAGCAGCUGUUGCUGGGGCUUUUAAACAUGUACAUAAACCCCGACUUUGUGAACGCUCCAGUUCACGUUCUCACUGUAGCUGGAAUUGUAAUUGCUAGCUAUUUCAAUUAUUAAGUAAAAAAGAUGGAAUUGCUAGCUGUUUCAGUUAUUUGGGCCUUUGAUGAUGAAAAGAGAUGCAAUUGGAGCCAUGCUGACAGAAGUUAAUUUUUUCCAGUUUUCCCUUGUAUAAACAGGCAAGGGAAUAUUUGGCAAAUUUUUGAUCUUGUAUUUUUCAGAUCACAAAUCAGGAGAUAUGACAGGUUAUCAAUUUUAGCCAUUACCAAAUCUUAGUUGAUACAAUAUAUUUGUUUCCAUAUUCAGUAGAUACUAGAAGAACGUUUGAGCGUAAGGAAUUGAAAUUAAAAAUAAUUCAGUAGAGCUGCAAGAUCUGCAAUUUCAGGUCUGACAGUUUGUUCCACAACUCCUUUUUUCAGUUGUAGCCAAAGUUUUAGAGGGUGAAUCAUCCCCAGAUUUUGAAAACCUGAAAAUAUAAUUUCAAAUAAAUAAAUCCUUCACUUUGA